AUGGACUUUUUGUUUGAGUUGGUACAAAGUUACCAAUACAUGAAGGUGAAUGGUAGCUAUCCGGCUAUAAAAUUCAAGUCUGCCAUCAUUGAACAAUGCCAGAUGGAAUUCAAAAGCAAUCUAUGCUCUCCUGGCAUAUAUUUUAAAGAGUCGAAUAAUAAUCAACUUUGCAUGGUUUGUGACUUCAUUGCAUCAGCUUGGUCUGAUAUAUGGUUUUCUGACAUUCAAUACUUAGAACAUAAUUUUAACAAUUUAGAACAAGCAAUAACUUCAACUACAGCCAUGAAAACCUUGAAAACAUUUUGUUCCCAGGAGCCCAGUCGCAUACAAGAAAUUCAGAGAUCUAAUAUCUGA